AUGCUGCGCGCCGCACUGCUUCUUCUGCCCGGGUUGCCCCUGGCGGGGGCGGGGGCCACAGAAGAACCCACUCAGGAGUCGGGGCCGUUAGGUGAGCCUCCUCCAGGCUUGGCGCUCUUCCGCUGGCAGUGGCACGAAGUGGAGGCGCCCUACCUGGUGGCUCUGUGGAUCCUGGUGGCCAGCUUGGCCAAAAUCGUGUUUCACCUGUCUCGGAAAGUAACAUCUCUGGUCCCUGAGAGCUGCCUGCUGAUUUUACUGGGCCUGGUGCUAGGGGGCAUUGUCUUAGCUGUGGCCAAGAAGGCUGAGUACCAGCUGGAGCCGGGGACCUUCUUCCUCUUCCUGCUCCCUCCCAUCGUGCUAGACUCAGGUUAUUUCAUGCCUAGCCGGCUGUUUUUUGACAACCUGGGUGCCAUCCUCACUUAUGCCGUGGUGGGCACGCUCUGGAAUGCCUUCACAACAGGUGUUGCCCUUUGGGGCCUGCAGCAGGCUGGACUUGUGGCUCCUAGGGUACAGGCGGGCCUGCUGGACUUCUUGCUCUUUGGGAGCCUCAUCUCAGCGGUGGACCCUGUGGCCGUGUUGGCUGUCUUUGAGGAGGUGCACGUCAACGAGACACUCUUUAUCAUCGUCUUCGGCGAGUCUCUGCUCAAUGAUGCAGUUACUGUGGUGCUGUACAAGGUCUGCAACUCGUUUGUGGAGAUGGGUUCUGCCAACGUGCAGGCCACUGACUACCUAAAGGGAGUCGCCUCCCUGUUUGUGGUCAGUCUGGGCGGGGCAGCCGUGGGCUUAGUCUUUGCCUUCCUCCUGGCCCUGACCACACGCUUCACCAAGCGGGUCCGCAUCAUCGAGCCGUUGCUGGUCUUCCUCCUCGCCUACGCAGCCUACCUCACUGCUGAAAUGGCCUCAUUGUCCGCCAUUCUUGCGGUGACCAUGUGUGGCCUGGGAUGUAAGAAAUACGUGGAGGCCAACAUCUCCCAUAAGUCACGCACAGCUGUCAAGUACACAAUGAAAACGCUCGCCAGCUGUGCCGAGACGGUCAUCUUCAUGCUACUUGGCAUCUCAGCCGUGGACUCUUCCAAAUGGGCCUGGGACUCUGGGCUGGUGCUGGGCACCCUCUUCUUCAUCCUGUUCUUCCGAGCCCUCGGCGUAGUCCUGCAGACCUGGGUGCUGAAUCAGUUCCGGCUGGUCCCUCUGGACAAGAUUGACCAGGUGGUGAUGUCCUAUGGGGGCCUUCGGGGGGCUGUGGCCUUUGCUCUCGUCAUUCUACUGGACAGGACCAAGGUCCCUGCCAAGGACUACUUUGUGGCCACCACUAUUGUGGUGGUCUUCUUCACAGUCAUCGUGCAGGGUUUGACCAUCAAGCCACUGGUCAAGUGGCUGAGGGUGAAGAGGAGUGAUUACCACAAACCCACCUUGAACCAGGAGCUACACGAGCACACUUUUGACCACAUUCUGGCUGCAGUGGAGGACGUUGUGGGGCACCAUGGCUACCACUACUGGAGGGACAGGUGGGAACAGUUUGACAAGAAAUACUUGAGUCAGCUCUUGAUGCGGCGGUCAGCCUAUCGUAUCCGAGACCAAAUCUGGGAUGUGUACUACAGACUCAACAUCCGAGACGCCAUCAGCUUUGUGGACCAGGGAGGCCACGUCUUGUCUUCCACAGGACUCACUCUACCCUCUAUGCCUAGCAGAAAUUCUGUGGCAGAGACCUCUGUCACCAACCUGUUGAGGGAGAGUGGCAGCGGAGCGUGUCUGGAUCUGCAGGUGAUUGACACAGUCCGCAGUGGCCGAGACCGAGAGGAUGCCGCGAUGCACCAUCUGCUCUGUGGAGGCCUCUACAAGCCGAGGCGCAGGUACAAAGCUAGCUGCGGCCGCCACUUCAUCUCCGAGGAUGCCCAGGAGCGACAGGACAAGGAGGUCUUCCAGCAGAACAUGAAGCGACGGCUGGAGUCCUUUAAGUCCACCAAACACAACAUCUGUUUCACCAAGAGCAAACCUCGACCCCGCAAGACCGGCCAUAAGAAGAAGGAUGGUGUGGCUAAUCCCGAAGCUACAAAUGGGAAGCCUCCUCGAGACCUGGGCUUUCAGGAUACAGCUGCUGUGAUACUAACUGUGGAGUCUGAGGAGGAGGAAGAAAGUGAGAGUUCAGAGACAGAGAAAGAGGAUGAUGAAGGCAUCAUCUUCGUGGCUCGAGCUACCAGUGAGGUUCUCCAAGAAGGCAAGGUCUCAGGGAGCCUUGAGGUGUGUCCGAGCCCACGCAUCAUCCCCCCAUCUCCAACCUGUGCGGAGAAGGAGUUACCCUGGAAGAGUGGGCAGGGAGACCUGGCUGUGUAUGUGUCUUCAGAAACAACCAAGAUUGUGCCUGUGGACAUGCAGACAGGCUGGAACCAGAGCAUCUCGUCCCUGGAGAGUCUGGCAUCCCCUCCCUGUACCCAGCCCCCGACUUUAACCCGCUUACCUCCCCACCCUCUGGUCACUGAAGAGCCCCAGGUUCCUCUUGACCUGUCUUCUGACCCUCGCUCUAGCUUUGCCUUCCCCCCAAGCCUGGCCAAAGCCGGCCGUUCUCGCAGCGAGAGCAGCGCCGACAUCCCUCAGCAGCAGGAGCUGCAGCCACUCAUGGGCCACAAGGGCCAUACUCAUCUUAGUCCUGGCACUGCCAACUCCCACUGGUGCAUCCAGUUCAACAGAGGAGGCAGGCUGUAGCCCAGGGCCUCAGGGAGGAGAGCAGGAUGUGGAGCCCCUGUGGGGAGUGUUCCUCAGCAUGGGCAGAGGGGCCUACCCAGCCUGGUAUGGUAUGGGGCUAGGGGGGCCUGGACUGAAGUGGUAACAGCCUCCUUGGGACUGGUCAGAAGGGUUUCCUGGGCUGGUCCUCACGGGGACCCUUCUUACUUCUCUCCCUGCCUUUAACCCUUCUCACUUUUCAUUUUGAAAAAUGGCUCAGGAUCCAGUCCAGAGUUCUAGGGGAUAGGCCCACAAGCUGCUGUCCCUUCCCUAGGGCGUCUUCCUGGACUUACUGUUGGCAGCUGUUCCUCCCCACAAAGCAUCAUUCUUCAGUGGACACUGGUCCUCCCUGACCUCCAUGCCCUCUCCAGCACCAGGUCAGGAUCAGUGCACCGGCAGUGAGGCUUCAUGAGGGGCUGGUCCUCAGAGUGACUGGGCUAGGACAGAGGGCAAGCCUUAGUCAGUUCAGCUAACUUAUUGGGUCAGCUACAUGAGUACCACAUCUUGCUUUAACACUUUCCCUUUGCUUCCCGUUACUGAGGUCAUGGUGACUCUUUUUCUAGGACCUAGGCGCUGGGUCAGGCUUUCGUUCAGACCUGCUUUGUAGCCAGCCUACUGCACUAGGUCUAAAUCUCAAACGUUUCUGGGGCUUGGAUCUGAGAUUUUUAAGAGUAGGAGACAGGCCUCUGGGCCUGUCACCACCUCAGAAUUUUUCCAAAGGGAGAAGGAAUCAGGUAUCCCAAGGCCACUACACUAUUACCGUUGGUGCUGGGAUGCCUGGCUGCAAUGUUUGGGGGCAGCUGACUAACAACAGGUGGCUUUCCUGGAGUUAGCCCCUGCCAUGUGUUUUGUACCUUAAACCCAAGAUACAUUAAACAUCUCUCAGAUGGAUGAGUGUCCUCUGUCCAUUUGUCUCAAGCUUUCAGGGGUGGGAACAAGAAGGGAUCUGCCUAUUUCAAGAUUUUUCAGUAGAGAAUAGUAGGGGAUAUCCUAGGCAGAACCGUUAGU